ACAUGUGUCUCUUGGUAGACACAAUGACGUCACAUGUCUGGCUCGCACGCGCCCGGAGGAGGAGCGCUGGGACGCGACAGAGGAAGAAGGGAAAAAAAGAAAAAACACCAACCAUCAACGGGUCACGAACUAUGACCUUUAACAGCAGAAAAUCCAAAUAAUUAAUUUUGUAAAAUAUCAGACAGCUCCCAAAUCGCCGUUUGUCCACUUUUUGAGUCCUCACUAAUGACCUUACAUCAUCAUCAUCAUCAUCAUCAUGACGGCCAACCUGAAUUUGCUCGCUCAGCAGAAAGCGGACUUUGAUUACGAGGCAGAGACUCGGCGAUGAGUCAGUCACCCAAGUGCUUUCAGAUUGUGUCUAGUGAGGCUCCAGCAACAUCACAGCAGAUACAGAUUGUAACUGACCGGCAGAGUGGUCCGAAGAUUCAGAUCGUAACUGCCAUGAACCCUUCCAGUGCUCCCAAGCAGCAAUUCAUUCUGACCACAUCGGACAGCUCAGGGGCAGGAAAAGUUAUUCUGACCUCUCCAGACAACCACAGCACAAAGCAGCUAAUUUUUACAUCUGCAGACAGCCUCAUGCAAGGAAAGAUACAGAUUGUUACAGAUCCUCUGUCGAUGGAGCAGUUGCUCGGCCAUUCGGGCGAUCUGAGUCGGCCGCAGAUGCUCGAGUACUGUGUGGUGUGUGGGGAUAAGGCUUCAGGCCGUCACUACGGAGCGAUGAGUUGUGAGGGAUGCAAAGGUUUCUUCAAGCGGAGUGUGAGGAAAAACCUGACCUACAGCUGCCGCAGUAAGCAGGAUUGCGUCAUUAACAAGCACCACCGCAACCGCUGUCAGUUCUGCCGGUUGAAGAAAUGCCUCAACAUGGGGAUGAAGACUGACUCCGUUCAAAGCGAGAGGAAGCCUGCCGAUGUUGUGCCUAGAGAGAAACAUGUCAACUGCGCACCCUCCACCCAAAAAAUAUACAUCCGCAAGGAUAUUAACAGUCCACUCAUCGCCACGCCAACCUUCAUCUCGGACACAGAGACAGAUGGCUCCAGAUCGAGCCUGCUGGACCAGGGGAUGCUGGUUAACAUCCAGCAGCCCGUCAUGCAGAGUGAUGGAACGCUGAUGCUGACAACUGAUUCAAAGAUGGAGUCCGGCCAUAGUGACCUUGGGACGUUGGCAAAUGUGGUGACAUCACUGGCCAGCCUGAGCGAUUCUUUAAAGCAGAACUUGAAAAAUGGAGAUUCAUCCGACUGCCAAUAUAUGGAAAAAAACACUACAGAGAUAACACGUGCCUUUGACACCCUGGCCAAAGUUCUCAAUCCCCCUGAAGUGGGCGUCAUAACCGACAAGUGUGUUAGUGAAACGACCUUACAGCUAAUUGGUCAAGACCAGGAGACCCCAAUCAUUGAGGUGGAAGGGCCGCUGCUCACGGAUGGCCAUGUUAAAUUUAAGCUGACCAUGCCUAGCCCCAUGCCUGAGUACCUGAAUGUACACUACAUCUGUGAGUCGGCCUCCAGGCUUCUCUUCCUCUCAAUGCACUGGGCACGUUCCAUCCCUGCCUUCGUAGCCCUCGGGCAGGAAGAAAACACCAAUUUGGUGCGAGCCUGCUGGAACGAGCUCUUCACUCUGGGUCUCGCUCAAUGUGCUCAUGUGAUGAACCUGUCCACCAUCUUGGCUGCCAUUGUCAACCACCUUCAAAGCAGCAUCCAGGAUGACAAGCUGUCAGUGGAGAGAGUGAAGCAGGUGAUGGAGCACAUCUGGAAGUUCCAGGAGUUUUGCAACAGCAUGACGAGAUUGGAGACAGACAACUAUGAGUACGCCUACUUGAAGGCCAUCGUCUUGUUCAGUCCCGAUCACCCUGGUGUCGACUGCAGCGGACAGGUGGAAAAGUUUCAAGAAAAAGCCUUGAUGGAGCUACAGGACUAUGUGCAGAAAACAUAUCCAGAUGACACGUACAGGUUGACUCGCAUCCUGACUCGACUCCCGGCGCUGCGCCUCAUGAACUCCAACAUCACCGAGGAGCUCUUCUUUACUGGCUUGAUCGGCAACGUCUCGAUUGACAGCAUCAUUCCCUACAUCCUCAAGAUGGAAACAGCUGAGUAUAACAGCCAGGAUGUCGACCCUGCUGAGUGAUGAGGAAAAACAUUUCCAAGUCUCCACUUCAGGUACUCUUUGUUCCCUCGAGGGUUGGUCCAGGUUUCGUGUUGAAACUGUGUUGAGUAUCCUACAGUGGCCUCAUGAUGUACAAAUCCUAAAGCCUUUGGAGGCAUACUCUCAUCUCAUCAAUGAAACCCAAUGGUUCAAAAUUGCAUCUGACCUAAAGAUGGAAUAAUAAAGAAUCCAACUAAAUACAGUGUAAAAACGAACAUAUGACUUCUAAUUUUUUGCCUGCAUUUCAAAUGUAUGUUUUAAUACGUAUGAAUUGCCUUGCGGUACAAACUGGUAUCUGAUACCCCUCAUGUGCAUUUAGUCUAAGCAAUUACAAAUGUUAUGAAAUAUAAAUAUGUGUUGCAAUGCCUUUGCUAAUCUUGGUUUUUUUAUUUUAUUUUUUUUUUAUCUAUGAACACAUGUAACUAACAACUGGAAGGAGAGCAUCUAUCAGGUGCAUAGGUCUACUUGUGUAAUAGCAGCACAACAGACCUCCAUUGUUUAUCUGUAAGCAAAGUUCUUUUAUAGGUAACGGAUAUUACCCUUGAUGUAUUUAUUCCAGUUUUUAGCUCUCUAGCUUUCUUUCAUACAAUUAGCCAAAUUAUUAAAUUGUAUCAGGUUUAUAUUUUGGUUGCUGAAUGGCAUCGCUGAUGUUCUGAGUGCUUCUGUUAUGCACAUGUAUUUCUGGCCUUGAAUCAAUUCAUGGCUAAUGUCUCCCGUGCAAUCACCUCAUCACUUUUCCCUUUAUGACAAUCACAAUUUCUUUAUUUCCUGUCCUGUCAUUGUCUCUUGACUGUUUGUCUCCAUUUUGUAUGUUUAUUUAUCAAAAACAUUUAUUUUUACACACUUGUCUAAGUGUAGCAUUGCUACUGUUUUUGUGCUUAAGUUUGCAAAGUGCACAUCAGACCACUUUUGUGGCAAUCGUACACAUCUGUCCUGACUGCACUCUUUGUGUUUUGUAUGUUUUCUGAAGACUACAAAAUUGUUCUGAACAAUUUUGCUUGUUGCAUACUAAGUGUACUUUGGGGCAGGAUUCCCUAAUUUUAGGGGGGG